GCACGGGCUGGGCGGGACUAAAAAACACACAUACACACGAACCCAGGUAUAAAAAUGUGCGUGCGUACUUCUCCGGCAUCACACGAUUCGGUGUCUUGUUACUGCGUAUACUCGAACACCAUGGAGCUGAGGACAGUGUGGCUGCUCCUGGCGAUGCUGUGGGCUGUGAGCGCAAGACCCCAGCAGGAGAGUACUGAGGGAACGCCGGGAGAGGCUCCAGGUCCUCCUCUACCAGAGGGUAUCAAUGCGUUGCUCAUUCGCACCUCAGUUCGCCUGAUGUGCGCGGGCAAGGAGGUUCCAGACUGCGAAAAUUUGGCGACGACCUGCUUGACGGAAUACGGACUGGGUUCAGACGCUGAUGUCGACUUUGAAACGGCUUGCCAAGGGAAGAACCAGUUAUUAUGCUACACUAAGAUCUCCGAGUGCAUUGACCUCCUCUCCGUGGCGCCUUCAGCUGGACAGAUACUAGUCUCCGAGGUGUGUUCGGGCAAGGACGCAACAGACUGCAUACAAGAAACAGUACAGUGCAUGUCCCUACUGUAUCCAGGGGCAGAAGGAAGCAGCGCGUGUCCUCCGACGGGUUCUCCCCCAACUGGAAGCGCGCCCGACACCGCAUGCACAGCAAACGUUCUAAAAUGCAUUGAGCUCCUGCUGCCGGAGGAAGGGACCGUGCCAGCAACGCCUCCUACUCCUGAAAUUACCGAAGUCGUGCCUUCGUCUGCGACCUCUGAAACUCCAGCCGAAGAAUUGGCGGCGCUGACCCAAACCUUGAUAGUAAUAACGACGUGUCGGUCAAGUGCCCUCCCGAACUGUCAGGCCCAGAUGAAACAAUGCUUGCCCUUAUUUGGUUUCGGUUCCAACUCAAGCGCAAGCUCGUCGAUUUUGGACGUGAUCUGCAAGGGCACAGUGACUGCGGAAUGCCUGAAUACAGUGGAGACCUGCUCUGACAUAGCAUCUCAAGUGGCUGGCUCAUCGGGAGAUCUCACCGAAGUGGUGUGUGACCGCCUGAGUGUGCCUAACUGCCUCUUUAAGACUGUGAAGUGUCUCGGUAUAUCGGGUAUAUCGGGAGCUGAACCGGAUCUUAGUCUCUGUGCUGACAAUAGUACCUGUUAUGCCGAAAUGAGAGAUUGCGUACAACACUUCAAGAGCGCGGUGAGUGCUUUAACUCCUGAGGCUUCACAAGGCUUCGUGCCAGAGGAGUCACAGAGCUCCGUGCCAGGUGUGCCACAGAAUACCGUGCCAGAGGAGUCACAGAGCUCCGUGCCAGGUGUGCCACAGAAUACCGUGCCAGAGGAGUCACAGAGCUCCGUGCCAGGUGUGCCACAGAAUACCGUGCCAGAGGAGUCACAGAGCUCCGUGCCAGGUGUGCCACAGAAUACCGUGCCAGAGGAUUCACAGAGCUCCGUGCCAGGGAGGACUGAGAAUGAAGCAUCGAACACAGACCCUAUCGGCUUCAUCGCUGGGGUUGCCAACAACAUCUUAAUUCUCCAGUUCUGCGCCGGGAAGGAGAAGGAACUGACCAAUUGCCACGCAGAUGUAGUCGAGUGUAUGUUCGAGCUCCUGAUUCCCCCUCCUGGCUUUGGUCCGCGUUUGGAUAAUGAGACGAUCUGCGAGGCGGGUCUUGACGCAGAAACCUGUGCCAAGAAGCAGAACUGCCUCGUCUUAUAUUCUCCAAAGCCUAAUGCUGUAGACCUUCUACCUCAAGAAAUCUGCCGCGAUCGCAACGUCUCGAACUGCGAGGACAGAGCCGUGUUGUGUCUGGAGAUAUCCGGGAUUGCGGACUUGAGCAGGUCUCUGAUCGGCCUUCCAGAUGAGCUUCCGGAGGGGCCUCACGCUUCCCCGCAGGCAUCGGCGAUAGAACCUGCCGUGUCCUCUGAGGCGACGAUUCCCGAUACACCCACAGGAGCGGGUGAAGCUUUACUCGGGUCUUCGCCGAGUUCCGGCCUGGAUGCGAUACCUGAGGGUUUUGACAUAACAACAUGUCUGGAAGUCUUAUCGCCUAGACCCAUAUUGAGAAAAGAAUCAACGACGAUCACGAAGGAACCAGGAUCACCUUCACCUUCGAGAGGACCUUUAUCCACAACAACAAAUCCACCUGUAUCCACAACCACCAGACGACCAGGAUCCUCUUCACCUUCGAGAGGACCUUUAUCCACGACCACAAAUCCACCAGUAUCCACAACCACCAGACGACCAGGAUCCUCUUCACCUUCGAGAGGACCUUUAUCCACAACAACAACUCCACCAGCAUCCACAACCACCAGACAACCAGGAUCCUCUUCACCUUCGAGAGGACCUUUAUCCACAACAACAAAUCCACCAGCAUCCACAACCAGGGAAGAACCAGGGUCACCAUCACCCUUGAGAGACCCAGCCACACCAACACCCACAAGGGGAUCCGCGCAGUUUAUUUUUUCUGGCGUGGUUGAGGAGGAGGAGGACACGCCGGCGGCCGAGAUCCUGUGUCCCAAGGGCGGGCUGGAGUGCAUCAGGAAAGCCGAAGCGUGUCUUGAAAGGCUAAAACCAGACGAGUUCUUUAUCCGGCAGUUAUUCAGUUGCAAUGCAGAAGUUGGCCGUAGACGGAAGAACUGCAUGAGACCGGCCAUGGAAAGCCUCUUGAAGAAAGUCGACGACCGAAGGCUUCAGACCACCAUGAUUGAAGCCUUUCCUAUCUGCUUCGAAGAACAUGACUUUGAGGGCAUCCGACUGUGCGAAGCGAGAACGUGCAUGGAAGUCGAAACACCGUGAGAUGAGGAACUUCGUGGCUUCAGAAACCGCUUCAUGCCUGCAAUUGAUCAGUUUGCUUCAAUUUCGGAAUGAGAGAGAGAGAGAGAAAGAGAGAGAUAGAUUGAGUGAGAGAGAAAGAGAGAGAGAUAGAGAGAGAGAGAGAGAAUGAGAGAGAGAGAGAGAGAGAAAGAGAGAGUAUACCGUGUACAUAAGCACGAUUUGCGUAAGCCAUAGACCACGUGGCUGUUUGCCAUGUGGCUCGAAGUCUAGUUAAGAACAAGCGCCUCAAGCGAGGACUUAGAUGAUGAAUAUAUCUGACCUCGUCUGACCCCUCAGUACAUGUCUAGCGGUCGACGUGGUAAGGUCUAGCCCCUUGCCUCCACAGGGCUGGUUGGCGGACCCACGACCCCCGCACUCAGCGUUUACCCAAGACUCGUCGCAUGUUCCCUUCACCGUAUAGUACUCUUCAUUAAUAAAGAGUCAAGCCGUUAUAGAACUACGACUACCCCUGCAAACCACUAUCUAAGGUUCUAUAGCCUUUUACAGAGAGAGAGAGAGAGUUAAGAAAGAAAAAAAGAGAAAUUCUCAUCUGUGAAAGAAAUAAAAUUAAUUGUAAAUGUAUAAUAAAACUGUCCCCAAGACUGGA